CCAAUAGGAAAUCAGCUCGGAUAUUAAAUAAUAAUUAUAUUCAAUGGUUAUGAACCUUUUAUCAUUCAAUAGAAAACGCGUCAUAAAUUAAUGAUUGUUAUGAGCAGUGAAAAGUAUAGAUAAGACAAACCGUGCGUUUGAAAACAUUUUAAGUGUAACAGAAUUUGUUUUAACUGACAUAUGGUUAUUAAGAACGGGAAUUAAAUCUUAAAAACAAAACAAAGAAGAAGAAGAAGAAGAAGAAGAAGAAGAAGAAAAAGAAGGAAAAAAACGAAGCUAGAUUAUAAUUAGUAGAAUAUCUCUUGUGUGUGAAGAUAUCAAACAAAAAAAAGAAAAGUUCACAAUUAAAAGAGAUACGCAGAGAAAGUCACAUGUGAAUUUUUGUUGUCGUUAAGUUAGUCAUCAUGACACGAGUAGUUCCCGAUCAGAAAACGAAAUUCGAGACAGAUGAACUUUUUCGGAAGUUAUCACGAGAGUCGGAGAUCCGAUAUACCGGUUACAGAGAUCGAACUCACGAAGAAAGAAUCGUGCGAUUUCAAACGGAGUGCAGAGAAGGAAAAUGUCCUAUAGCGUUUUCUUCAUCUGGCACAAACCUACUUAUAUAUCUUGGACCACAACUCAAAGACAAAAAGAAUGAGACACCAUCGAAAGAAUUUCUUGAUUUUGACAAGGAGCAAGGAAAGGUCCACAUGAAAAGCAGAUUUGUAAUGAACGGAGUCUGCGUCAUAUUUCACGGUGUCAUGGAUUUACAAAGACUUGAUGGAACGGCGUAUCUGGAGCAUGAUUCCGGUCAAGCCAAGAUUGAGGAUAAAAUAUUACGUGAAACGAUUGAGCAAUCACGCAUGCGGUUGCAAGAGUUCGAAGAGCGUCAAAGAAGGGUAAAACAGGAACCUUUGGAAGCAACAGAGGUAAUGCGACUUUUACAAACGCAGAGUAUCAUGCAGCAAUGACGUUUCAUUGAUGAUCUACCAUCUUGAUGAUUCUUUAAUUGUUGAUAUCAAUAUCAAUCGGUACGACAAUACACUCCAGGAGGCUGGCCUGUAGUGAAAAUUUAUUUCGUAAAAUUUUAUUUCUUACAACAGACAUCUUGAAGUUCCCUUUUGCUUGCUUUGUUAUCAGGUAGCAAAAUGUGUAUCAUGAAUUAUAGGUAGCCUAGUCACAUUUUACAGGACACGUCCAAAAGAAAAUAUCGUGUUCACUUAAGGCGUUCUUAGCCGAAGCUUCCGAUGUUUAGCAUUUGGGUGGGCGCAUUAAUUUCUUUCUUUCUAACCACGACACCUGUAUUUUAUCAAACGUGUAAACAUUAGAGCUGCGACCAUUAACGUUUCAAAGGAAUAUACGGUUAAAAACAUUUUAUGAAUUAUAAAUUUAAAUAAUUGCUUUAAUCAUUACUUUGUUUCUGACUAGAUAACUUAGCUACCUAGAUUGUAUAGCUCAGUUAUCCAAAUACGUGUUCGGCGUUUCUUCUGCUAUCCUUUUUUACUCUUGUGAUUUUGUGAAGAAGGCUUGGGAUAGGACUUAAAAGGUUUUACGCAAGCGAAAGAGGAAUGGAAUUGUUAUUAUUAAAGGAUGUUAAGAUAGGAAAUUUUAUUUAUAUUGUAUAUAUAUGAUAAAAUGUUUAUAUAGGAAUGAGAGAAAAAAAUAAAAUUAGAAAAGGAAAAAGGUAACAGCUCAAAUCAGUUGUCAAGUUGUAAUUGUUAUUCUGAGUCACUGUUUACUGUAUAGUAACAUUCUAAAAAAAGUCAACAUUGCUUUUUUCUUAAUUGUUUUAUAAUAGAUUAUUAGACAUAUGUUAUUUUACAAAUUACAAAUCGAUUGACUGAUUUUAUACUGAGUCACUAAAACAAGCAAGAAGGAGUAAGCUACUGAGAUAAAAAAGGAAUAUUUGAAGCUUGUUCUUUUUAAAUUCCAUUUCUAUGGUUUAUAAAAUUGUAUAUAUUGGAUGAUUUUAAUUAGAAAUUCUUAGAUCCGGUA